GGAUCUGGGCAUUUUGCUGAGGCAUCGCAACCCACCAUAUAUACCCUAUUUCAUUUUUCACUGUGUGGCUUUGGUAGUGUCUGAUUUUCUUCCACCCAGUGUGUCGUGGUCUUCUUCGUCCUCUCAACAGGUUGUGAACCUCAAAAAACGCCAAGAUGUCUGAGAAAAAGAUGACUUCGAGCCGCAGGCAUCAUCUGAAGAGUCUGAUCCUGUCGAUCGCUCAGAACUGGCUCACACAGGAGAGAAAGGACAACGAAGCAGCCAAGCAGGCCUACAUGGCCGAGCACUGUCCUCCCCCAGAUACCAGCGGAGACCAGGCCGCCCUGAUGGAGUACUGCAAGAAGCUCCACGCCCUCAUCGACAAGGUGGACGAGGAGAGGUACGACAUCGAGGCCAAAGUGCAGAAGGCUGACAAAGAGAUUGAAGACCUGAAGAUCAAAGUGGUGGAUCUGAGAGGAGUGAAGAAACCCGCUCUGAAGAAAGUACGUAUGUCCGCUGACUCCAUGCUGAAGGCUCUGCUGGGCUCCAAACACACAGUCAACAUGGACCUGAGGGCCAACCUGAAGCAGGUCAAGAAGGAGUCAAAAGAGGAGCCCGUAGAAGCCGCAGGCGACUGGCGUAAGAACAUUGAGGACAAGGCCGACAGGAAGAAGAUGUUCGAGGCCGCCGCCUAAACGUGUUGCUGCUGCUUUGCUUUCUGUUUAUAUGAACUCCAUGUGUCUUACAUGUGUUGGUUGAACCAGACGUCAGUUGAGUCACGCCAGCGUGUCUGAGGGGAGUAGCUCUGCAGGAAAUUUGAAGGUGUUUAUUUGUUUUUAUUUUCUGGCACUUUGUUUGUCUGGAGGGAGGGGGAGGAGGUUUGCACACCAACACACAUCACCAGGUCUCCACACAUUCAGGGAAACAUCCACACAAACUCAACCAUGCUGAGUAGAAACAAUAAAGUCAAAGUGGAAGAAAAUAA